CUCCCAACAUUAUCAAUUCUCAAUUUCUCUACAAACCAACUAGUGAGAAGCAAUGGCUAGAGCAGAACUCGUUGGUAAGGUGGCAGUAGUGGUGGCAGUGGUCUUCUACUGCCUAGUGGUGGUUGCACCAUAUGUGGUGGAAGGUGCACUUACAUGUGAGCAGGUGGUUAGUGACCUCGCGCCCUGUGGAACCUACCUAAUCAACGGAGGCACGGUAUCAACAGAUUGUUGUAACGGUGUUAAGUCACUAAAUGGUGCCGCUACUACCACGGAUGACCGUCAGACGGUUUGCAAAUGCACUGAACAAACCGCCACAACGCUCCCUGGAGUUAAAAUUGAAAAUGUUCGAAGCCUUCCUGGCAAAUGCGGCCUCAACAUUGAUUUUGACAUCAGUCUUGAUACCGAUUGCUCAAAGGUGCAUUGAGGAAAUGGAUAUCGGAUGCGGCUGAAGCAAGACAUACAACCCAUUAUCAAAAAGUAAAAUAAUAGUUGACUGAUCAUAAGGUUAUGGUUAAGUUACAAAUAAUGUAUGUAUGUGUUCAGCUUCUUUAAUGAAAAAAAGUUUUAUGAUC